UAAUGUUUUCCAGACAGAGUGAGUUAUUGUCGUUCAGCUCCGUUCCAUUCCGCUUUCGGCGAAAGAUUUCAGGUCAGUUUAUAAAACAGAACAUAAACUGAUAGAUUUUCAAAAGUUUUUACUGUACAUCAAGCAUUGAGGGGGUUUUUCCAGAACAUUCUUCCAUGGUCUCUAUGGCUCUUUGGCACAUUGUUAUCUUUGUCGUGAUGUCAAUAGUGGUAGUUACAGUGUCGAGUCUUGGUGAGUUGACGUUCUUUAACGGUUUUGUUAUAAAUGAACUCAAAAUAUCCUUCUUAAAUUCAAACGUUCUUGAUUUCCGGGUAACUAUUCAUAGAAAAGACCCUAAACAUUAGAAAAAGGUGUUGAACGGGAUUACAAACCUUAUUACAUGAAAUUUUCGCGACUUGUUUACUUCGCGAUUUUGAUGUGCGCAUAUUUAAAUUUUACGAUUUUGUAAAAAUUUUAUAUUUUGAAUCACUUUAAUUUCGCGUUUUUGACUACCACGAUUUACAUUUCAUUGGCAAUGUUAUGUAACAUGUCCUUGAAUUAAAUAAAACGACUUUAUCAAAGAAACAAUAACGUCAAACUUAAGAAAAACGCAACAGCUGGACUUAGGGCCUGUUUACAUGGAGUGGGGGACCCCGGUCUAGUGGGGUUGGUUUCUUUUGUUUUCACGCUCUGGGGAACACGAAACAAAAGAAACCUACCCCACUAAACCGGGGUCCCCCACUCCAUGUAAACAGGGUCUAAAUGUCAACAGUAACAACAAAUCCGUUCUCACAAUGCCCACAAGCAGUUCAUGCUUGCACAUGAAUUAUUGUUCUUGAGUAAAUUGACCACAACAUCCAUGGUAGUCACUUAAUUUUCGCGUCAUGUUAUUUUCGCGAUUUUUUUCUUGUAUCGCGAAAUUCGCGAAAAUUUCAUGUAAUAAGGUACUGUUUACAUAUAGGCUUUUGUACAUUUACGUUAGCAUUUUUUUCGAGCAUUUUAGUGAGGCAAAAGCAUUGAUUGAGCCUUAUUCGAGCAUUUUAGUGCAUUUUUUCAGGAGCCCAUGGGCUGUUAUUAGUUAUUUGUUGUUAUACUAAGGAUAGUCAACUACUUUCUGUACUUUCCUCAAUUUUGAUUUUGAGGAUUAUGUUUUUUGGCUGUAUUUAUGAACUUGUAUAUGUUGUAGUUGUUACUUGCAACACUUGCACGUUUUUGCCAGUGUAACUUUGAAAUUAAUUUUAAAAAACCAUUUGUAUAAUGAGCAUUAUCCGAGCAUUUGAGUGACUUUUUUGGGGGGAGACCGAGCGUUUUAGUGGGGCAAAUGGAGCAUUAAGGUGGAGCAUUUUAGCGGGGAAACAACGGUCAUAAUGAACAAAAGCCUAUUUACAGAAAGAGCUAUUUUACACCAUUCAAAAUGGAAGGAAGGUGCUGUUCAUUGAUUUUUGCUAAGCCACUAUACAGUAACUACUUUUUAUUUAACAUAAAGUCCUUUGCCUUCAUUUAAUAAUCCGCCUUCUUUAUCUCAUUUCCAAGGCACACUGAGCAGACUUUGAACAGCUAACCUCGGAGUCCUUAUUACUUGGAAUAAGAAAUGAGAUCUUGGCCAGUGUCGACCGAAUAUAAAAAAACUCUGAACGUUUCUCAGUUCUACGCACUGAAUUUAUAAGCAGCCAGAAGAUAAUCACAUAGAGAUCGAUUCUAAUCUAAACUGAAGCGGAUUAAGCUUAAGUCAUUCUACCUUCAAGGUUCAUGCCAUAUUAUGCUUUUCAAAUGUAUACUGUUAAUGACGAAGUGAUUUUAAAGAAUAAGGUCAUUAUUGGUCCUGAAACACAUUGUUUGAAUAGACUGUUGCCGCAGUAAAAUAUAAAGAUUAAAUAAUUUUAUUUUAAAUAGUACUUUCAGUGAAUUUGUCUUUUCCUAUCAGCAAAUGUUUUUAAUUUUUUAGUUGCUUUUUCUUCCCGAGUAAAUUAUUAAUGAGACAUUUUUGCUGAAUAUUGUGGGAUAAAGUCUUACUUUGACGUCUGAACACAUGUUUUUUCAGAUUCGACUGCUUUGCCUUCUCGUCGUGAACCAAAAAGAAGUAGAAAAAACCCCGAUACUCUCAGAAAAAAGAAUUAAAGCAGGAUUACCAAAAUUGUCGUGACUGCUCACAACUUGAACGGGAAAUUCUCUUAUCGGGUCCUAAAGACUUAAUUGAAGCACAUUAGCAUUUAAAUAAGUCUGUUAAAAUACUAACGGAUGGGUAAUCUGGCAGGUUGUCGAAUAUAUAAAUGAUAACAACUCAGUAAAGAGAGAAGGACCACCCUGUUGGUCAGUGGCCGGGGUAGUGAAAUGUAAUUGUUUGGUUCAUCGACUGAUCUGAAAGUUAGUAAUCAUUGACUGACGCUGAGUAUGAUCUGAAGAAUUGUAUUAUGUCCCUUUUACUGGCAAUAGCCUGUACUAUGACGCCAUUUUGCGCAUAUUGCAAGCGUCUUCCAAAUUUGGUUAACGCAAGCUGGUUAUGAACAAUUAGCCGAGGGAUUUGAGCAAAUCAGAGACGGAGAAAUAUUUUGAAUAAGUAUUUAUAAGGUGAAUUAGCCGUCAUAAGGAUAUAAAAUUAAUAAACGGGAUCUGCAGAAAGACAAGGCUUAGCUAUUGUUAAAAUUGAUCAAUCAAAAGACAUCCCGCAGAAUUUUGCAGGCUGGCUUCUGAUUGGCCAAUGUUAAAGAUUGCAUAUAUUUAUUAGCGUGAAAGCGAGAAGCUAUUUUAGUAAACAAAGGUGGCGGGCAAUGCAAGAUUGAAAAUGAUUGCUUGCUCGGCCUUGAGGAGAAAAUCUUCAUGCAUAAAUCACUCAGUAAACAUCAUGACGUCAUGUACAAGAAACUAAGCCCGUGCGCCCAGUCGUCGGGUGAGGAGUACCGCGGGCGCACCGAGACAGACAAGGCGGGAGACUAUACUGAACCUACAAUGCUUAGCUUUUCAUUUCUCUCUCUUCUUCAGAAAAGUUCACUGUUCUGGUAUCGAUAAAACCAGGAGGAACGGAUGAAGAGUUUGUAAGCUCUGUUAUGUCAGGAGGCUCGGAAGGAUCUGUUGUGGCAGAGUACGAGAUUGAAGUUUAUAAGAAAGGAGCCAAAGCAAACCAAUUAAAUGGCGAAAAGAACCCGCCUGCAAAAGCAGGCGUAGUGAUUUUCGGAGCACUACUUAUGGGAAUGGUAAUUUUAGCCUUUAUAUUAAAGGUAAGCAAUGUAUACCAAACCACACAAAAAACAAACAAGCAAACAAAGAGUUGAUAAACGGCAUGAAAGCGAAUUUUUAGAAACAGAAUAGACCACUUCCACUUUUCCCAAUGGAAAUGUGAAAGUGGAGAAAUUUAAAUCGGUUAACAUUUUUUCCUCAUCUGGUGCACUGAAGUGUUUUAACGGUGUUAAAAACGUCAGUUGACUAACUCCAAGACAAUCAGGACGACGUUGUGGGGUGUUUAGAGAAAUCGGUUUGUUUGUUUGCUUGUUUUUUUUUUUUUUCGUUUAACGUUUGGUCAGCACUAUUUGACAUUCUAUAACUCUUAAUAUAGAUUCUUCACCAGACCUGGGUGCGCAAACGAAAUUCCCCUGAGGAACCUUUGAGGCUUACCUGAGGAAAAAAUCGAGGAAAAUAGUCUGUUUCUUUGGCGUCUCAAGAACAGAACAACAUCGCAAGUGCUAUGGUACUCAUAUUUAACACCGAAUAUGACAGUAAACUGUGAGGAUAUAUGAGAAUACAAUUUCAAUACAGUGGAACCCCGUUAAUACGGUCACCAAAA